AUAGCUUCUUUUUUCCCCUAAGCUACAAUAAAUAUGAGUGCAUUUUAAACAGUAAACUGCUGCCUCAUGGUUUUUGUGAAUGCUUGGAGCAUAGAAAAUGACCAAAACAGAAGUGAAAGAUGUUGAAUGUAUUGAGAUCUCAAAGGGAGACGUUUGUUUCGUCGUCGUUAGCAGUUCGUUGUGGUGUUGCUGUGAAAACGGAUCCCUGCUGCUGCUGCACAUUUUCACCAAAGCACUUCCUCCUCCACUUCUCAUGACGGCUGAGAUAAAAUUGGAAGUAAUUAAAGCAUUAAAGCUUUUUUUUAAACUGUUUUACCUGCUGCUAUUGCAACACCAUGCACUCUGGACUCCAAAACUAAAUCUGCAAAGGUUCUUUAUUAAACUUUUAUUUGAAAACUUUUGCUUCACUUUCAGUUCACUUUUUCUUUCUAGCUGUGAGAAACGCCUCUGUCUCUCAUGAGCUGAACACAAUGUUCACCAAAUGGCUUAAAUAUAAGUUCUUUUUCAACAUUUAGACUUGGUUAUGUUAAAAUAUACCAACAUUUAAUGCAGGUUAAUCUGUUAUUUUAAAACUUAUAAUUGAGAUAAAAAAGAAGUCUAAAUAAACGUAAGAGAUGAGGAAGUAUCACCUCGAACAGGAAGUACAGAGGACCUUCAAAAAGCUGCUUGUACCAGAUUUAGUCGGAACAAGAACGAUGCAUCGAACUACGGCUGAACUAAAAUGGAUUAAAGUUGAUUUAUUUCUGAUCCUGGGGCUUCAGUUUACUGUGAGUACAAGUGGAUCAUCUGUUUUCAUGAGAUCUGGAGAUAACAUGGUUUUGUCUUGCCAAGAUGUGAUAAAAGGUCAGAUAAACUGUAAUGGUACCACAUGGGUCUACAGUACAACCAGCAGCUCAGUAGAACUGGUURAACUGGGAAAKGUUAAGAAUGAUCAGAGUAAAUCUAACAGACUGAGUGUUGCAGCAAAUUGUUCUCUGGUAAUAAGGAGCAUCACAGUGGAGGAUGCUGGUUAUUAUUAUUGUCAACAAUAUAAAUCUGGAAAUGAAUCCAUUAAGCACAUUCWGGUUCAUCAGUCUGGAGUUUCUCUGUCUGUCGUCCACAUGAGUAAACGGAAGGUUACAGAUGUGGUGACAUUAACCUGCUCUGUGGAGACGCGUGGUCAGUGUGGAUACAGAGUGAAAUGGCUGCAUGUCUGUUCUACUGGGAAUAUCGAUUUGAUCAACUGUACAACACGACGCUCUGGCUGCUCUGCUGCAGUUUGUUUUAUACAGGAUUCCUACACACAGAGCUGUGAGUUCAAGUGUGAAGUGACAGACGGUGAAACCAAACAGAUCUUCAACUUCAACCAUCAGUCCACAGGAGAUAAACCAGGUAAAACAACAUGCAGCCCAACAAGAAAACCUGGAGAUACAACAUCAUCAGUUCCAGCCACAAAACAUGAAAAAGUUCCAGAUGAAGGUUUCCUGUCAGGAGCUCCUUACGUUGCUGCUGCUGUGGUUUUAGUUGCACUCUUGAUAGUUGCUGGGAUUAUCAUCAGAUGGAGAACUAAACGAAACACGAAGCAGGUGCAUGUCUAUUCUGAAGUGAAUCCGACUGUUCCAGUAUCUUCCACGGCACUGGAAACCAGCAGAGACGACGUGGAGCCUGAAGAUGGYGUCUAUUACUCCACCAUCAGUGAAACUCCAGUCAGGUUUAAUGUUGUUGGUGAAGGGGACGACAUGACCUACUGCACUGUGGCGGCUCCCGGCCCGCCUGCUGCAGCCUUUACUGACCCCAGCAGCCUCUACUCUCUGCUCACCGCUCCAGGCCAAUAGGUGUGAAUGAGACUUUAAUAAUAUGUUUCUKUUAAAUUAGUAACGUUCCAGAUGUUGGUGGUUCUGAACUGUUUUAUCUCGCUGUGUUUUAAAAGGCAUUGGAAGUUGAUUUUGUCCGUUUCCUGUAUUUUUAUCAUCUACAUCAAUUAAAUAGUUUGUUGCCGUCA